GUCACGAGAGAUAGAACCCUCUGUUUUUCCAAUUUUCUUGUUCGAAUCCUGUUAAAAAAAAUAAAAAAACCAACAACCAGAAAAAACUCGAUCAACCGCCGAACUCGAGUCGCCGCACCGCCAUGUAUCGGAGUCGGUCGGCGCGAUCCCCGAACCUCCGUGAACCGGACAUUCGACUCGCCGAGUCCGAUAAAAUUGAAGGUGCCGGUGGUUGGGACGCCCUUGAAUGGACUAAAAUCGAUCCUGUUGCCAGGCCGGUUCCAAUUGGAGUGAAACAAUUCUUGCUGGCGGAUGAGUAUGUUGUAGUAGAGGGUUAUGGGGUAGUUCUUGUCAACACUGAUGAUGCUGGAACCUUAUUUGUGACUAAUUUUCGCCUCCUUUUCUUGAGUGAAGGGUCUAGAGAUAUCAUUGCACUUGGCACAGUACCAUUGGCGACCAUUGAGAAGUUCCAGAAAAUUGUUAUGAAGCUUCCAUCAGGUCAGCGUCAGCCUGAAAAGACUGGUUCACAGCGAUUGCUUCAGAUCAUUGGCAAAGAUAUGAGAAUCAUUGUCUUUGGUUUUCGUCCUCGAACCAAGCAGAGGCGUGCUGUCUAUGAUGCAUUAUUACGGUGUGCAAGGCCUACAAGGUUAUGGGAUCUCUAUGCAUUUGCCGGUGGCCAUUCCAGGUUUAGUAACACGAAUCCCAAAGUAAGGCUGUUGAAUGAGUACUGCCGACUUCUUGGGAUGGGGUUCUGUCAAGCUUCUAUCCGUGCUAUUGAAGAUGGGUCAUUCACACUCUCAAAUGAGUAUUGGAGAAUAAGCAGUGUGAACUCUAAUUACACAAUGUCUCCAACUUAUCCAUUUGCUUUACUCUUACCAAAGUCCAUAAGUGAUGACAAAGUGCUGCAGGCUUGUACAUUCCGUGCACGGUGUAGGCUGCCAGCCAUAACAUGGUGUGACAGAGGAACUGGGGCUGUUCUUGCACGUUCUUCUCAGCCGCUAGUUGGCCUCAUGAUGAAUAUGAGAAGCAAUGCAGAUGAGAAUCUAGUUGCUGCACUGUGUACUCAAACUGCUGGAGAGAAACGGAGGAAGCUAUAUAUUGCUGAUGCAAGGCCCAGGAAAAAUGCUUUAGCAAAUGGGGCAAUGGGAGGUGGAUCAGAGUCAUCUGCAAACUAUUUUCAGUCUGAGAUUGUUUUCUUUGGCAUCGAUAAUAUACAUGCAAUGAGGGAGAGUCUUGGUCGGCUUAGAGACUAUUUAGAUACUCAUGGUACUACUUCAUCAGAUGGAAUGUCAUCUUUUCUGGUAUGCCGUUACACUGGGUGGUUAAUACAUGUUCAAACUGUCCUGGCUGGUUCUGCUUGGAUUGCUGCACGUGUUGCACUAGAAUCAGCUUCCGUUCUUGUUCAUUGCAGCGAUGGAUGGGAUCGAACUACGCAAUUGGUCUCACUUGCCAGCUUGCUACUUGACCCAUACUAUCGUACAAUUAAAGGAUUUCAGGCACUUGUAGAGAAAGAUUGGCUUGCAUUUGGUCAUCCAUUUUCAGAUCGUCUGGGAAUGCCCACUAUAUCUGGAAGUGGCAACAUGCCGUUUGAAUUAUCUCGUCAGGCUUCGACUGGAAGUUUACCUUCAUCACCCAUGCGGCAAGUGUCAGGGUCAUCCUCAUCUCAAGCUCAAAAUUCAUCUCAUGCACAGAACCAAAAUUCCCCCAUUUUCUUGCAGUGGGUUGACUGUGUUGCACAGUUGUUAAGGAUGUACCCUUUUGCCUUCGAGUUCUCUUCGGCUUUCCUGGUGGAUCUUCUGGAUUGCAUGCUUUCUUGCCGUUUUGGAAACUUUUUGUGCAAUAGCGAGAAGGAAAGAGAGCAAGCUGGUAUUUCUGAUGCUUGUGGAUGCCUGUAUAUGUAUUUAGCUGAACUACGGGCAUCGGAAGGAAGCUCUCAUGCGCAUUACAACCUGUUCUAUGACCCGUUGAAACAUGAUGGUCCGUUACUACCACCAGCAGCAGCUUUAGCUCCAACUGUUUGGCCUCAGUUUCACCUUCGUUGGGCUUGCCCGUCGGAGGCACAAGGUGGAGAAGUUGAGGCAGAAUGCAGGAAGCUGACGAGAAAAUUCUCUGAGCUGCAAAGGGCAAAAGAAGCAGCAGAAACAAGACUGAACGAAAUAAGUGUCACAGUGGAGUCCUUAGUUACAGAAUUGAGAAAUGAGAAACUUGUGAGCACCUCUGCCAGGGAUGCUGUAAAAAGAGCCAGCAAAGAAACUGCUACUAUAAAGCGUGCGGUACAAUCUUUGGGUUUUAAUGUCUAUUUUUCAGUAGAUGGAGACUGUAAUGUAUGCAUUGAAAGCAACCCAACAGAAAUUCCUCAGCGUUCUGUCUGCUCAGUUUCUACAACAAAUUCUAAUGGUUCAGUACAUGGCAGUGAGAAAUCAGACCUCUCUGAACCUGUUACAGUGAUGCAAGAUGAUGUUUCCGACAAUCCUCUCAUCCAAGUUUGUGAAUCGUUGUGCCCUAUGCACAGUAGAGACAGUGGGUGCAGGUGGCCAAAUCCUGGUUGUGCCAAGUUUCGGAGCCAAUUUGUUGGUUUGAAGGCCAACUUUGAUGCAUUUGAUCGCCUUCCGAUAUACGACAAUUAUUUCGGAACUUAAAAAGACGGUUGAACCAAGCCUACUUUCUUGCUUCAAACUUCAUUUAUCUGGUCAGAUAUCUAUGUACAGUCAGAAAUUGAAUGGAGGCAGUAGGUUCAAUUGUAUUUUGGCAAAAAAUUACGACAAACAAAUUAGAUAAGCAGCAACAGGCACAGCUUAAACCUGGUGGCUGUUAGAUGAGAUGGUCUCAGAACUGUACAUAGGAACUGAUAGAGUUUUCAUGUGGACCAUCUGAUAGUUUUGACAUUGUGAGAAUCUCACGUGAAGAUGAUUAUAACUGAUAUUGUAUGCUUAGGAGUUAGGACUGAUGAUGUAGGAUUUUGGUCACUGCAAUUUCCUCAUUCGAGUGUAUAUUACGACGUAGGUAUUCCUCUUCCUAAGUUUCUAUAGGGAUUCUUUCUGCAUUCUUGUAAAUAAGGACAAAUAAUGAUGAGUUCUGAAUAAAAUGGUUCCAGCAGACUUCUAUCUG